UCCGCCCGAGACACCAUGCGCGCCCCGUGCGACCCGCUCCGCAGCCGAGGACUCAGCGGCGCCGCGCCCACGGAUCACCGCGACACCGUCAGAAACCCGAGCCUCCUCGGCCGCGCCCGCCCCGCCACGGCGGAAUAUGUUAUGUUAUCCCCACGCGGCGGCAGGCCCCACGACGCCACGGCGCCCGCGCCCGCCCCCUCGUCUUCCUCCUCGUCGCCGCGCCACGCUGACGGCAUGGGCGCCGGCGCCGGCGCGUCCGGCCGCGUGAUCGAGUGGGAGGCCGGCCUCCCCGAGGCCUCCGAGCUGACGCCGGUCUCGCACCCGCUCAUCACCCCGGUGCUCGCCGCCGCGUUCCGGAUCAACAUCGCGGGCGGCGCCUUCCCCGCCGCCGCCGCCUCCCCCUUCGACGACUCCGCCCUCGCGCACGACUCCCCCACCUCCCACCUGUCCUUCCACUGCGCCGAGGAGGAGGAGGACGUCGAGGAGGAGGAGGGGGAGUGGGAGGCCGAGGACGCCUCCUCCGGGAGCGGCGCGUGCCGGGGCGGGAAGGCCGGGAAGAAGGCUCGGAUGGUGUGGACGCCGGAGCUCCACCACCGGUUCGUCGAGGCGGUGGCGCACCUCGGCGACAAGGGCGCCGUGCCCAAGGCCAUCGUGCGCCUCAUGAACGUCGAGGGCCUCACCCGCGAGAACGUCGCCAGCCACCUCCAGAAGUACCGCAUCUACCUCAAGCGCACGCGUAGCACCCCCAUGCGGCAGCCGCCGCCUCCGUCCUUCCUGACGGCGUACGCUUCCCCCUUCAACCCCCACCCGCCUUCUGACGCCUCCAACCAGAGAGGUUACUGCUCGUUCCCCUCCCGCGACUGCGAGAAGCUCGAACGCGACCACGCACUCCAGGCUAUGGGAUGGAAACGCGCCAAAGAUGCGUAGUGACAAAGAGCUCAUGGAUAUGGGUACGCCAUGUUGUUCAGUUAGCCCAUAGGUGUUUCUCAUGAAAGAGGUAUUGCCACAGUGGAGCGAAUGGAGUGCAGCAAAUAAACGGCGAUGGUGCCAACAUCACUACUGGAGCACCUGCCGGAAGACCACAGUUUUGUGUGAAUUUCUAGUGCUUGUUCUUCAACAUGUAAAAAGUAAAAUUGUGUGCCACGGGGUUUGAAAAUUCUUCCUCGGGUCGGACAGCGUGAGACUCGUGUUGGAGUACAUGUAUCCUGAUGCAACACUACGAUGCUAUUUUCUCGUUAAGUUGCUGGCAACUCUGCCUUUUGCCAAUCUAGAUAGAUGGAUUCUGCAAUA